CAUUUUGCUGCAGAGCUUCUCUUGAAGAAUGCUGCCUCAACCGUUUGCUGGAAAUGUAGGAACAUUUGUGUGCUCUAAUGCAGAGAAAGGGCUCGGACGGAGCUGAAAAAUUCCCAUAGGUCAUAAUUUCUCAACUGUGCCCAUCAUGCUCCAGAUGUUUGUGAUGAUCUAUUUGGUAUCAGUUGUCGUAUCGCAGUCAACAAAUCCCCCAUUCAAGAAAGGCCGUAAUUUCACCAUCCACUCCUCACAGCUGGUCUGCAGUCUGCCAGGCCCAGCGGGGCCUGCAGGCAACCCAGGAGCCCCUGGAUCACCGGGGGCCAUGGGCCCCAUGGGGCCCCCGGGGAAGGACGGCCAAGACGGGAAGGAUGGAGAGAAGGGGGAGAAGGGAGAUCAAGGUGAUCCAGGGAGACCCGGCAACCCAGGCAAACCAGGUGUGAAAGGUCGUGAGGGUAUUAUUGGCAAGGCUGGACCUCGGGGACUGAAAGGCCAAAGGGGAAAAUUUGGAGUGUCUGGAAAACCAGGACAAAAAGGAGAGGUGGGAGACAUGGGCCAGGAAGGAGCUCCAGGUGGCUGUAACUGUGGCAAGCAAGCACAAUCAGCCUUUUCUGUGGCUGUGACAAAGAGCUAUCCCAAAGAGCGCACGCCCAUCCGCUUCAACCGAAUCCUGCUGAAUGAGGGGAAUCACUACAAUGCCACCAGUGGGAAGUUUGUCUGUGCUAUCCCUGGAGUUUAUUACUUCACCUAUGAUAUCACAUUGUCCAACAAACACUUGGCCAUUGGGUUGGUCCACAAUGGACAGUACAAAAUCAAAACAUUUGACGCAAACACUGGGAACUAUGAUGUGGCAUCUGGUUCUACUGUUCUCCACCUGAAGGAGUCGGACCAGGUUUGGCUGCAGAUCUUCUACUCUGAGCAGAAUGGACUCUUUUUUGACCCUUUUUGGACAGACAGCACCUUCACCGGCUUCCUAAUCUACCCUGACCAGGAAUUUCUCAAUGAAGCAGAUAGAAAAGCAAAUGCUCAGGCUGAAAAUUAAUGCUGAGCAUUAUAUUAUUUUUUUUAUAUUUGUUUGUUUCUUAAUUGUCUUCAGGCACUACUCAAAAUCAUUAAGGGAUCACUUUUUAAUCAGAGUGUAGCAUCUGGGAUAUUGAUCGGAUCAGUUAAGUAGCAGAGAGGGUUGUUAA